CCCCCCACAGACUUCUGUCCUGUUUCUACCUUACCAGUAUUUGAAGUUUCCGUGCCAAUAUUUGCUUACCCAGAGCCUACACAUUAUCAUCAGGUUUUUUACAAGUGCAAACUAGGAUUUAAACCAAUCAAAGAAAGUGUAAUUGCUAUGGUGUGUCAUAAGGGUAUCUGGCAUCCAAAUAAAGACUUUUGCAAAAGAAUAUAUUGUGGACAGCCUCCAAAUAUUACUGCUGGAUUUCACAAUGGAAAUGCAACCACUUACCCUGUUGGAACAAUAGUACAUUACAGUUGCAGUAAAAAUCUUUCCCUUAUUGGGGCAUCCUUUAUGGUCUGCAGUGCUAAUGAAAAUCUAACCGGACUAUGGAAAGAGAAACCACCCAUAUGCAAAGGGGUAUUCUGUAAAGAUCCAGUGGUAGAACAUGGAAUACAGAUAACUCAACCUGAGAAGCCAUAUAUAUAUGGAAGCAAAGUUAUAUUUCAAUGCAAAAGUGGGUAUUUUAUGAUUGGAAAUUAUUUGAUUUGAUGUGAAAAAAACAGCAUUUGGGUUCCCAUAGUACCAUCAUGUAAAAAGAUUUCUCGAGGCAUAUGUGGUCCUCCAUUGAUUCUCAAUGGCAACAUACAGCCUUUGCAACCUCAGUAUGAAACUGGAAAAACAGCUGUCAUAACUUGCAACCAGAACUAUUUUUUUAUUGAUGACACCAUAAUAAUGACUAUACAGUGUCAAGGUUAUAAUCUCUGGAAUCCUCCUGCACAAUUAUGUUUCCGUAACUUCCUCAAGCUAGUUAUAUUUGGUAUGUAACUUUGAACAUGAAAAUGAAAAUAUUAGCACAGUUCAAUGCUGGUUUGAAAAAUCUACAAUUUGCUUUUGGGAAACAUCACCUACUUCUUUAUUGGGUGGAACUAGUUCUUCCAUUCAUUUUAAUCCAGGUGUCUCAAUAGUGCAACCAAGUUUCCUCUUGAUCUUCUGUGCAGAUAUGAAUAACACAAAACACAAAUUUGUCUCUAUUGUUUCAGUUCAUGAGAUAGUAAUAAACAUGUACA